AACAAAACAGUUACAGAGCUCAAAUAUCUGACGAGCAUGGCAGAACUUGUGUUUGACGGAGAAAUAGAUAGUCUGACGCCGAGUCAAAAAGAUUUGAUAUGUAAAGUGCUUGAUAAAAGGAAACUGAAAGCCAAGAAAAUUCACAUAAAAACACUUGGUCAGGCUGGUGAUAAUUAUAUUGCUGAUGUCAAGAACAUAAUAGCUGAGUUGGACAAUGGUGAAAGUUUCAAAAUCGUGGCAAAAGUUGCACCAACAAAUGAAAUGGCUAGGGAAGCACUAGGCACGGCAAUGCUUUUUAAUAAUGAGUGUGUCGUAUACAACGACAUUCUUCCAAAAUUUAUUGAUAUACAACGCGCUGCUGGUUUAUCGCCACAAGAUUUUUUCAAGUAUCCUGAGUGCUACGGAACUUUAAAGGAGCCUUUGAAUGAAAUAUUACUUUUGGAAGAUCUAACAGUGUCAAAUUAUAAAAUGCUUGAUCGAUUUACUCCGUUGACAAAUGAAAGCAUUAGACUUGUUUUGAAAAACUUAGCAAUUUUACAUUCUUUAUCGUAUGUGUUCAAGAAAAAUGAUCCAGAUACUUUUGAUUCAUAUACUAAUAAGUUUGAAGAUUAUUAUUCAGUGUUAAGUACAAAACCUGACACUCUACAAUAUUUUGCUAGUGUUGAAGCAGAUGCGAUUUCAAUUUUAGAAAGUGAGGAAUAUAAAAAGGCUAUCCGUGGUACUCUUUCUGAAUUAUCAAAACAUUCUGCAAAAAUUCUCAAAUAUGAACGCAAUUCUAGAUAUUCUGUUAUUAUUCAUGGUGACGCUUGGACCAACAAUAUGAUGUUUCGUUUCGAGGGAAGCAACCCAGUGGGAGCGAUUUUGAUCGAUUACCAGUUAUGUAAGGUUGGAAGUCCUGUGAACGAUCUCCAAUACAUGAUAUUCAAUUGUUCAGAUUACAAUACAAGGCAUCAAUACUUCUAUGAAUGGAUUGACUACUAUCAUUCGGAACUGGACAAAUCUUUGUCCAACUUCGGCAUGAAAGCUAAUUACGUAUACCCGAGGGAUCAACUUGACGCUGAUCUCCGAAGAUACUCUAAAUUUUAUCUGGGUACAAUAAUUAUGUCGCAUUCGAUGUUAAUAAGGAAAACUGAAGACGCUGCUAAAAUUAAGGAUGUAAUUGUUAACGACAGUUCUGACACGGAGGAGAUUGAACAGUUAACAGCUUCACUGCAAAUAUCAAACUUAGACUCUGACUCUAUUGCACGGUUCAAGGGUAAAAUUGAGGAAUUGGUUCAGAGUUAUCGUGAGUUGGGCUUUCUUGAGUAAUAUUGAAGGGCUUUGUGUCAAUUGAAAAGCCCACUUUCUCAAUCAUCAGAAAGGCAUUAAUACAAUUUGAGCGAAGGCAAAUACAAUUAUUCGGACUAAAUUGUCUACACUAAGCUUGUGUCGUCUCUUGGGACCUACGAAAUAAAUUUUCAAGACGCCAUUUUAUUAUUAUCAAUGUAUUAUUAUUAUACACUUAUUUUUUAUAUAAAUUAUUUUGUUAAAGAAUUUGAGUUAUUUAAUAUUUAUUCUUGAGAAUAGCUUAAUUUUCCUUUUUGUCAAUAAAAAUGCCAUAUAAAGAAGAAAUCUCCUUAAUUAUUCAAAUUUCUAUGUAAAAUGCGUAAUUGAUUACUGCAACUAGCAAAAUAUUAGUUUAUUGUUUAACUUUAAUAAUAUUAAGAUAAUAAUUUAAUAUCUCACCUCAUUUCUCUUAUCAUGUUUACGCUCCCCGAUUAGUUAACAAACUUUAUUUCUUAGAAAAUAUAAUAAUAUUACCUAGUGUGUUACUAAUUAAAAGUAUUAUUUAAAUUUCAUUAUACAUACAUACAUAAUAUCACGCCUCUUUCCCGGAGGGGUAGGCAGAGACUACCUCCUUCCACUUGCCACGAUCUCUGCAUAUUUUCUUCGCUUCAUCCACAUUCAUAACUCUCUUCAUGCAAGCUCGGCGGUUUCGGGUACUUUUGACCUGACCCUUUGCCAGGACGUCCUUAAUUUGAUCAAGAUACGUUCGUCUAAAUUUCAUUAUAUUGGUAUAUAUUAUCUACAAUCAGAAAUACAGUGGAUUUUUCUUAGACAAACAUAACAAAUAAGUACAUAACAUAUAAAAUAAAUGUGUAGGUUGUUUAACUUAAUGUUUUGUACAAAAAGUAAAGCAAUAGAAGAACUAAAUAAUAUAGUAGAGUUCUUGAACAUUUUAUCUCUGCAUAUAGGAGAUAAAUAUGUACACGUAAAAUGUUAUUUCAUCAAUCUAUAUCAUAAUAUUAUCAAUGCGAUAUGUAUCAUAAAGUGUAAAGAAUAAAUUGAUAAUUUAAGAGUCCCAGUUAUUCAAUAGAUAUCGGAGAUUCGAGGCAACGUGUCCCAAUUUGUAGUUCAAGGAGGAAUUAACAGCUUAACGCCACAUCAAAAUAAGCGGUAAGAGAAGUAUUACAUUAUAGAACUUAAAGCUAAUAAAGUUCUAAUAGGAACACUUGGACACACACAUAAUUAUGUCGCUAAUGUCAAAACGAUAACGGCAGAAUUAGAUAAUGAUGAAGCAUUUAAGAUUAUAAGAAAAGUUGCACUAACUAAUGAAACGGCAAGAGCUGCAAUAAUUGCAGUCAGAUUAUUUAAAAAGGAGUGAACCGUGUACAACGAAAUGCUGCCGAAAAUUGCCGCUGGCUUAUCAUCACAUGAAGUCUUUCGUUUACCUGAAUGUUAUGGUUCUCUAAUUUAACAAAUACCUAGGAAUAAAUAGCAUUUAGACCAGUGGUUCACGUUAUUUAUUCAAGUAUUAAUUUGGGAAACAUAAAAUGUAAUGACAUUGUAAUAAUACGCUCAUAAUAUCACAAUAUUUAGUAAAUUAAGUAGUACGAAGGAAUUUAUUAUAAAUAACUUGUUCUUUA